CGUCCUGUCGGCGAUCGCGCGCGCGCGGCGCCGAGCGCUCGAUCGCGAACGUUCAUCCGUAAACGUCUCGAUCGCACGCGCGCGCGUCGCGGACGGACGCGUCGUCGCGCGAGCCAGGCGACGCGCAAAGAUCGACGCUCACGCGUUUUCACCCUUCGCGCGUCGUUCACGCGUUUUCCGCGCUUGACGACGCCGCGCGCAUCGCACGCGCGCGCAUCGACGCGAAAUGAGCGGUGAUGGUUUUUUUACGUUCACCGACGCCGAUCCGAGCCAGUGGCUGCCCAAAGGGAUCGUGGACGAGCGCGAGGAACACGAUGCGGGGGCGUACGCGUCGUUCGCGCUCCCGCAAGGCUCGGCGAGCAGGAGCGCGAGCGACGACAAUUCUAGAGGCUCGUUCGAUUCGUUUGGGGUGAAAUCAAAAGUGCUCGGGAGCGUGUUGUACGAUGAUGAAGGAUUGAUUCCGCUGGGGCUCGGUGGACACGCGUACGUGGACAAGUCGACGUCGCCGAAGAGCACGGCGUCGCCGACGGCGGCGUUCGUGGCGGAUGCGGAGUUCGGCGCGGCGGCGGCGAGUGGAUCGAGAUUACGUGGGCCUUCUGGUCCUCGACGCGCUGGUCAAGGAGUCGAGGAAGAAGAACAGCAAGUGGCAUCCAUAGAGGUCAUGGCGAACGGUGGUUUGCGACUGCGCGUGACGCUGCUCGCGGCGGGAUUCGUCAUCGGCGCCAGCGGAGCGUCGAUUCGAGAAAUUAUGCGUCACACCGGUUCGACGAUUCAGUCUUGGACGCAGCAACCCGAAAUGGGGGUAUAUCAUCGUCCAUGCCGCGUUUUCUGCAUCCAAGGCUUGCCCGAAUCCGUCAUGGCGGCCUCGAAUAUCAUCCACGAAGCCGUCGAGCGAUACAAGGAGUUGUGCGAAGGGAAGCGCCGCGGAGAGUUUGUGCAGCGAUUGCAGUACAUUCGCGGCGUUGAAUUCUCGUACCAACCGCCUCCGAAAAAUGCUGUACCAAAUGCUGCCUCCGUGAAUGGCGCCACUCGUCAAGGUACGAAUCCACUCCUGAUGCCGAGGCAACCGACGAAUGCGGCGAAUGAAACCAUGCGCCUCCUCGCCGCCGCGCAGGCGCAGCGAGCCGCUAUGCAACAUUACCAAAACCUUGCGACACAAUCCUACGCCGCGGGGUUAGCCGCCGGUGCUAAGAUGGGUCAUGUUCCGGCGAUAUCGGCGAUGUCGGCGAUGCCAGACUCUGAGAAUCCUUUUGCCGCCGCUCAAAUGCCGAACCCAAGUGAUUUUUUCACCGCGUUCAGCGCGCAAACUCGCCCGAAUGUUUGAUUGUACUGUCCAAGCGACGAAUCUCAAGAUUGUUGAACGAAGAGUUGAUAUUGAAGAUAUAUAGCCAACCUUGGCGAAUUCGCAUGUAACCAUUAGCGCCUUGAAAACUGAUAUUUUGUUUCUACAACA